AAAGAAAAAAUAAUAAUAAAUAUGGUCCUUGAAAAGAAAGACGAAGCAAACAAGAAGCUGACAGAAGAAAAGCCCAAUGAAAAGGCUGUCAAAAAGGACAGAAACGAAAAGAAGGAACAAGAAGAAGAGUUGUCUGAAGAAGAUCAACAAUUAAAGAACGAGUUGGAGUUGAUGGUUGAGCGUCUAGGGGAAAACAAGACAGAACUUCACCGUCCUGCACUUGAACACUUGCGCACAGCCAUUCGUACCUCAACAAGUUCCAUGACAUCUGUACCGAAACCCCUCAAGUUUUUGAGCAAAUUCUACCCAUCAUUAAAGAAGCUUCAUGAAUCAUGGCCUGAAUCUGCUGACAAGAAGCUCUUUGCUGAUAUUUUGUCUGUUCUUUCCAUGAGUUAUGCUGAAGAAGGCCAACGUGAAACUCUGAGAUAUAGAUUCAUUGGCUCUACUGAGGAAGAUAUUGGCUCAUGGGGACACGAAUAUGUGAGACACUUGUCAGGCGAAAUUAUGCAAGAAUACCAAGCACGUCUAGAAAACGAACAAUCCACUGAACAAUUGAUCAAUUUGGCUUUGGAAAUCGUACCUUUCUUCCUCAAACACAAUGCUGAAGCUGAUGCAGUUGAUCUUUUGCUUGAAGUUGAAUCUAUUGAUCAAUUGACGCGUUUCGUUGAUAAAGACACAUAUGAGCGUGUUUGUCUUUAUAUGGUUGGUUGCAUUAACUUGCUUGCUCCUCCUGAUGAUCUUGAAUUCCUCAAGACCGCCCGUACUAUUUAUCGCAAGCAAGAGAAAUAUGCUCAAGCCCUUAACUUGUCUAUUCGAGUAGGUGAUAUGGACUUGAUCAAAGAAGACUUUGAACAAUGUCCCGAUCCAUUACUCAAGAAGCAAAUGGCAUUCCAACUUGCCCGUCAACAAAUUCAUAUCGAAACAGAUGAUGCUGACCUUAAUGCCUGCAUUAAUAACUCCAAUCUCUCCAACUACUUCCUUUCUCUUGCUCAUGAAUUAGACGUUAUGGAACCUAAAGUACCUGAAGAUAUCUAUAAAAGUCAUUUGGAAAAUCAUAGAACUGCAUUCAGUAGCAACAUUGACUCUGCCCGCAACAACUUGUCCUCUACUUUUGUGAAUGCCUUUGUUAAUGCUGCGUUCUGUAAAGAUAAGCUUAUGGUGACUGAUGAUGAAAAUGAUUCGUCUUGGAUCUACAAGACAAAAGAACAUGGCAUGACAAGUGCUACUGCUUCUUUAGGUUUGAUUUCUCUUUGGAAUAUUGAAACUGGUUUAGGUUUGAUUGACAAGUAUAUGUACUCUACUGAUGACAAUAUCAAGGCUGGUGCUUUGCUCGGUAUUGGUAUUUUGAACUCUGGUGUUCGUGAAGAAUCUGAUCCUGCAUUGGCUUUGUUGUCCGAACACUUAGAAUCAGGCAGUCUUUCAGUCAAACAAGCUGCUAUUUUUGGUCUUGGUCUUGCUUAUGCUGGUUCUGCUCGUGAAGAAGUCUCAGAAUUGCUGUUGCCUAUUGUGAGUGAUACUAAUUUAGCCAUGGAACUUUCCUCUUUGGCUGCUUUGUCCCUUGGUCUCGUCUUUGUUGGCUCUUGUGAUGGUGAUAUCACAAGUACUAUCUUACAAACUAUGAUGGAACGUGAAGAUGUUUACCUCAAAGACUCUUGGUCUCGCUUCAUGGCUUUGGGUCUUGGUCUUUUGUACCUUGGCAAACAAGACGCUUCUGAGGCCACCUUGGAAACCUUGAAGGCUAUUGAACAUCCUCUUGGUCAACAAGCUGAAGUUUUGGUUGAAGCAUUGUCUUUUGCUGGUACUGGUAAUGUGUUGAAGGUGCAAAAGAUGCUUCACAUGUGCAACGAUCAUUUGGAUAAAGAAAAAGACGACGAUACAUUCCAAGGCUUUGCUACUCUUGGUGUUGCAUUGAUUGCUAUGGGUGAAGAAGUUGGUUCAGAGAUGUCAUUGCGUACAUUCAACCAUUUGAUGCAUUAUGGUGAACCUGUCAUUAGAAAGGCUGUUCCCUUGGCUUAUGGUAUUUUAUGUGCAUCCAACCCUCAAGUAAACAUCCUCGACACACUCAGCAAAUACUCUCAUGAUAACGACAGUGAUGUUGCUAUCAGUGCUAUUUUUGCUAUGGGUCUUGUAGGUGCUGGUACUAACAAUGCCCGUCUUGCCCAAAUGCUACGACAACUUGCAAGCUUCUACCAUAAAGAUACCUCAAGCUUGUUCAUGGUUCGUAUUGCUCAAGGUCUUUUGCAUAUGGCCAAGGGUACAAUGACACUGAAUCCAUUCCACACUGACCGUCAAAUCAUGUCCCCUGUUGCCAUUGCUGGUUUGAUGACAAGCGUUAUUGCUUUCACUGACCAUAAAACAUUCAUAUUUGGCAAAUUCCAUUAUUUGUUGUAUUCACUUGUCACUGCCAUGUAUCCCCGUUUCUUGAUCACAUUCGAUGAAUCUGUAGAAAACUUGCCUGUCACAGUUCGUGUUGGUCAAGCAGUUGAUGUUGUGGGUCAAGCAGGUCGUCCAAAGACAAUCACUGGUUUCCAAACACAUUCUACGCCUGUCCUUCUUGCUCAUUCAGAACGUGCUGAACUCGCCACUGAAGAAUAUACACCUUUAGCACCUGUAUUGGAAGGUAUUGUACUUUUACGAAAGAAUCCUGAUUAUAUGGAAGAAGAUAAAGAGUAGAAAAAAGAGCAACUGUUUACAUAAAUAAUGCAAAAUUACUGUCUAUUGAUCUUUUCUUUUCUUUUUAAUGGUAGUUGAAUAAAUAGACUGGACAUAGUCUAUAAUUGUUCAUUUUCUGCUGAUUUGAGACAGAAUCCAAUAAUCGCUGUAACACCGAGUGACUUGUAUUGAAGUCAAACUUUAACAAUUAAGCGUUAUUUCCUUUCU